AUGGCUUCGCCCCCCCCAGCUCUUCAGCCUCCUAGGGACGUCCUCCCGCCCGCCCCUACACAAGCGCAGGGCCCAGAGGAGACUUGGGCGUUAAUUGCCCGCCUCACGUCGACGCUUGUCCACGAGCUGGAGCCAGAGAGGAUGGCGGAGGUGGAGAGGGGGCUGGCUUCAAUAGCAGACAGGGUGACGGGUACGACGGAUCUGGAGAUGGUGGUGCCCGAGCUCAUCCACCUGCUCGGCGGGGAUGGUAAAGCCCUGCGUGCUCUCAAAAUGGUUGACCAGGGGGUGGUCCUGCUAGGCGUGCAUCACAUGAAGGGGGGCGUGACGAGGGGACUGGUGACGAAAGACGUGCGGAGUGCAUCGGGUUGGCAGAUCGGGAUGGACGUGUUCGAGCAGUACGUGCAGGUUUACCACAAGCGACGAGAGCAGUCCGUCGAUGACAUGUACUCGCAAACCGUCGAUGGCGCGGACAACCACUUCGAGCUGGAUUUCGAGGUUCGGGCAACUUUUGACCGAGAGAUGACACAACUCACGGCUGCGGGGCUGCGCGUGCAGCGGCUAGUUUGCUCACCGACAAUGCAGCCUGAGAUGAGAGUGCAGCUUGAAUCUCGCAUCCUUGGAGACUUGAUCAUUUUAUGAUUGUGAUGAUGUUGCCGUUGGUGCGUUUUUUAUGUCACGGCGUCCGAUUCGAUUCUAACAGCGGCGAAUGCCGAUCGUUGCUGAGUCUCUCUCUGGAAAAGUAUUUCCGCCAACCGCGUGUUCUUUGUUAUCGUUGUAGUCGUCGUCGGGUGCACGUUCGUAGACAUGCCUCCAUGUUGUAUUUCUCUCAUGUAUGCAUAAGGUCCAUAAAAUUCUUGCACGUUGCAAGAGUUGGGUGCACGUUUGUACAAAUGGCAUCGGUACUGUAGAUAAAAAGCAUACCGUUGAGUGCGUGUAGUUUACGUUUAGAUUUACACUAUCUUUGCUGGAGAGUUUUUCUUUUAGCCCCUUCAUUUACGUGUCCUUUGCUGUGCACUCAAGUCGAAUAGUCUCUCCGAGAGCGUCAUCGUUUUUUUAGUGGCAAGUCCAGCACCCUUCCCAGGCUUCUGGCCAAUCUGGCCGCACCGAGUAUUGUGACUGAAGGUCCGGCGAUUCUGAGGUCUUGGUUUCGCUUGAGUCUGGAGGUUUUGGUUAGUGCAUGAGGAAGGGGGAGCGACAUGCAUGCAUCGUUGAG